AUGAAAGCGUUUUGUCAUGUAAAUCUCAAGUAGAAAUAAAAAAUAAGAAAUUUGCUUUAAAUAUUUUUGAAAUUAAGUUCAUUUGCCAAGAUUUUAAGGAAUUAGUUUAAAAAGAAAAAAAAGAAAUAUUAAUGAAUUUGUUCGUUUUUUGGAAGUCGAAAAAAACAAAGAAGUUGAGAUAAUCAAUAAAAAGUUAAUACAGGUACUUUUAUAUAAGCGUAUGUAUAUGUGUAUAUACAUAAAUUAAUUUCUAUGAUUUGUCAAUUAAGUAAUAUACUCUCAUAUAUGUUAAUGUGCGCAAAUAAAAAAUACAAUGAUUUAAUUUGGAUAUGUAAAGUAUUUGGCUAUACUAUAAAUGAUUAUUGUUGUACAUACUGAAAGCAAAAAUACAUUUUCUUUUAAUUUAAAACUACUCCACAUAAAAUGGAACGGAUUUAAAAUCGACAUUAUUGUAAAAUUAUAUAAUAUUUUCGUUGAGUUUUUGUAAAAACAUAACGUAUGUAAUACAAAUAAAUAUCAGUUGAAAAUUUUGUAAAUUAGUUCACACAACUUAUUUGUUUUUGUUUGCCUUUUAAUUUUGUAACAUGCAGGACAAUAGAGAAUUGAAUUAUAUGACUUUGAAACUUAAUUGGAUAAGAUUAAACUGUUUAAAAAGGAAGUGUGUUAUAGAGCGAAAUUAAAUGAGAAAUCUAAAAAAUUUUUAAGUAAUAUGACUGACUAAGGAUUCAAUCAAUAAACCUUCCAAAAAAUAAAAUUAUUAUAUAUAAGUUUGCAUAUGUGUCAUCAAAAUAGGAGAACGCUUGUAAAAUAUGUACCCUCAAACAUGCACAUAUAUAUGUAUAUAUACGAGUUGUUUGUAUUUUGUAAGUAAGGCUUAUUUCUCACAAAAUAAUCUGUGAAAAUAAAAUAAUGUGAGAGUGCAAAUUGAAACAUGCAUAAGCGGUACAUAUUAUUCACAAUAUUAUUAAUAAAUAAAUGGUACUUAUAUUCACAAUAGUUUCUUAAUGUAUAAUAAUUUUGUAGUGCUUUAAUAAUUUUUAAACAUUCAUAUUUAGAAUGUGUAAAUUGCAUAUAGUUUUUUAAAAAUAAUGUGAUAUGUACUGAAAUUUGAAUAACACAUGUAUACGAAGUAUUCGAAAAAAAAUCUGAAAACUUAGUAAUUUUAUUAGCAAAUAUUUUCUUUAUACUUUAUUAUUUAAAUAUUACUAACUAAAAAUAAAUGUAGAAUGGUACACACGAAUAGUCAUCUUAAAAUUCGAGAAGCUGUGGAUUGUGGGUUUGUAGGUGUAAAGCUAUCUAUGACCGGAAGUCUUUGUGAUGCCAAUACUAUGCAAUUGGAUCAAAAUUCUGACAAAUCUGGAAAACAAAAGAGACAUCGAACAAGAUUUACACCAGCACAAUUAAAUGAAUUAGAGAGGUGUUUUUCCAAAACUCAUUAUCCUGAUAUAUUUAUGAGAGAAGAAAUUGCCAUGCGAAUUGGAUUAACAGAGUCCAGAGUACAAGUAAGUUUU